UUCAUUUAAUCCUUCCUUCUCUCCAAUCUAUAUCACUUUAUAUAUCUAUAUAUAUAGGAAGUUGUAAGAAAGAAAGAAAAAGAGUGUUGCUAAUACCUUUGAGAGAGUAAAAAGGGUGAUGGAUCAUCCAGAGCUCUCACUAGGACCCUCCUUAUCAACCUUUGCUCUUAGUGCCAAUAGCUCCUCUACUGAUUCAGAAUCCACUACAAAGAAGAAGAGGAAGUACACUUGGGAUGAGCCUAUGAGAUUUACAAACAUUGAGCUCAACCUUAAUGAUCCUUUGCCUCUUGACUGGGAACAGUGCCUCGAUCUUCAUUCAGGACGGAUGUAUUACCUGAAUAGGAAAACGUUGAAGAGGAGUUUGACUAGGCCAAAGGAACAGAAGCUGGAUUUGGAGUUAAAUAUCUCAAACUUCUCGGGUUCUAUGGAAAGGACUGGCUCCGCAAGUUCAGAUGAUCUCAGGAAACAGAGUAGCUCAAGUGGAAACAUGGUGGCUGUGGCUUGUGCUAAUUGUCAUCUUCUUGUCAUGCUCUGCAGGUCAUCACCGUUAUGUCCAAACUGCAAGUACAUGCAUCCUCUGCUGCCUAAGCAACAAACUCCAUCUCGAGGGAUAGAGGCAGUGAAACCUUUGGAAACCUUAAGCCUGUUGCAUUAGUUUCCAAGAAUGAAAAAUAAGUGUUCUUGCUAGUGACUUGAUUGAUGUUUGGUGGAGUUUUGUUCAUAGUAUGAAAAUCAUAUAUGAUCAACAAGCUAGUGAUAAGUGUAUGGAUAUUUUGCUUCCUAUGCUAA